AUGGAAUCGAAAAACGAUCUCGCCUCCAUCCAGGAGAAUCUCCAAAACGCCCUCGUGUCAACCGUCAGAACCGUCAACCGCAUCUCGGCAGAAGAUCUUGGCUUCCAGCGCACAAUCGACCCAGAUGUUGGUGAAAAGCUCGAUAGCACAACCAGUCGCAUCCUCGAGCUCUCAAACUUGCUGCUGCGUUCUUCAGGCAAAGCAUGCGGUGUCAGUGCGCCUAAAUUGGAGGAUGUCGAGGAUAUCGACAUGAACUGGAGGAGUGUGGUGGAUGUCGUCGACUCCCUACUCGAGAAAGCAGACACGGCCCUUGAUGAGUACACUGGCCUCAUUAAGCGUAAGGAGCCGACGGCGGCGGAAUCCGCUCCCAAUGCAAAGCGCCCUAAGUCCACGAGUAAGGUUAUCAGAAAUGCCAACAUCGCUAAACCUCAAGUCAAGUUCGACCGUAAACCCGACAACUUUCCGACGACUCCCUGGAAACCUUUACUUUCUUCAAAGCCCCAUGCCCAGGUUCCCUUGGACAAGAGCCUGGUCACCUUCACCAACGAGAACGGCACGGCUCAGUUCAAGCACCCCUACGAAGCAGAGAUCACGGCUAUGGAGUAUCCGGCAAAUGUUUUCAAGGUCGCGGAUCCCGUGCCUUAUCAGCCCAUGGAAGGCACUCAGGCAACAUAUGUCGACACGUUCGAGGGUGUUCUCGAAAUGCUUGAGCACCUGCGCAAAGCCAAGGAGAUAGCCGUUGAUCUUGAGCACCACGACUUCCGAACAUACAUUGGGCUUGUUUCCCUCAUGCAGAUCAGCACUCGAGACCAGGAUUGGAUCGUUGAUACGUUGAAACCAUGGCGCCACAAGUUGGAGGUUCUGAAUGAAGUGUUUGCAGACCCAAGCAUUGUCAAGGUUUUCCACGGUGCAUAUAUGGAUAUGGUAUGGCUUCAAAGAGAUUUGGGUCUCUAUGUGAAUGCUCUCUUCGACACCUACUUCGCCUGUGAAUAUCUCGCCUACCAAGCCAGAAGUCUCGCCUUCCUUCUAUCAAAGUUUAUCAAUUUCGAUGCAGACAAACAAUAUCAACUAGCAGACUGGAGAAUGCGCCCUCUACCAGAGGAAAUGAUGUACUACGCUCGAUCCGACACCCAUUUUCUUUUAUACAUUUACGACUGCGUACGGAACGAGCUUGUCAACGCCUCGGACUCGAGCAGCUCUGAAACGAGCUUAAUAGCCAAGGUUCUUCGGAGGUCUAAGGAGCUGGCACUAUCGCGAUACGAGCAUCCUACUCUGGAUGAAGUCACUGGAGAAGGGUCAAGAGGAUGGUAUAACUAUAUCCUGAAGCAUGGCCACCUUGCGUAUAACGCGGAGCAAUUCGCAGUUUUCCGCGCCCUGUGGAAAUGGCGCGAUGAUGUUGCGAGAACGGAAGACGAAAACCCGAAUUUCGUCCUCGGGACUACCACCAUUUCGGACAUUGCCCGGAUCAACCCGCCAGAUCCCAAAGCACUGCACAGCUCUCUCCCGCUGAACGCCCCCUUGGUCAAGCCUCGACUAACCGAACUUUGGCAAAGGAUACAAGAGACAAAGGCCGAGGGCGGGCCAAGUCUACUACAAUUUCUUACAUCUCUGUCCCCAGAUGCCUUCAAGAAGGGCAGCGCAGUAAGGCUUGCUGCGCCAGCAAACAGUCUGCCGAAGCUUGAUAGCGAGAUCGUAAUGGUCAGGUUGGCAAAGUCUCGGCUAUUUGGAGAUAUGCCAAUCAGCUCUCGCUGGGAGGAUUCAAAGCAAACGCCCUCCAAUGGUGCAGAUAACAUUCCCUUUCCGUGGCAACGGUUUCUUCAGGAACAUUCUGAACAGGGGCCUGGUGAGGACCAGGAUAUGGCUGCCACAAACGAGGCUGAGUUGGCUGGCACGUCUGAGCCAGUGGAUGUCCCUGCAAAGGCGGAAGCUAUAGAAGAACUAGACGACGAAUUUACAUUGAAGAAGGGACGUAAGAGGAAGUCAGCAGCUACUGAUGAAGAAGACGAAGAGGAAGAAGGAGGAGAGCAGAACCGUGGUGAGGACGAGGAUGAAGAAGACGAAGGCGAGGGUGACAGUGACGCCGAAGUCGAACAAGGAGAGGCCGGGUUGCUCAGCCUCGAUGACGGGGAACCCAAAUCUAAGAAAGACAAAGCAGCACGGAAGGCUGCUAAGAAAGCAGAGCGGAAGGCGCGAAAUGCCGAGGAAGAGCAAGCCCGCCUGGCCAAGAAGGCGGAGCGAAAAGCAUUAAAAGCACAGCGAAAACUGGAGAAGGAGCAGAAGAAACAGGGAGACCAGAAGUCAUACAACGCCGUGCCAUUCGACUACAGCACAGCGGCUUCGGUAAUGAACGCCAGCCGUGAGGCAUCGAACAACAAGGGCAAGAAGCCGGUCUUCGACCCAUACGCGAAGACGGCUGACGAUCUUCUCAAGGGUGCGAGGAAAGCACUGCCCAUUAAGGGCGAGAGGAGUGGAACCUUCAAGAAAUAA